AUAUUGAAGCAAGUAACAAUUAAAGUUUGGUCCAUUAUACUUUUCUUAUACCAUUCAAUUUCCUCAUAAAAAACGUAUAUAAGUUCUGUCCACAAAUUUAGAACUUGAUAUUUCUUCAUUACAAUGAUGCCAGGGCUAUAAAUUAAAGCAAAUCAGUUCCUUCAAACUCAACUCAAUCGAAACCAAAGGAGAUCUCUUCUAAUUACAAUUACUUUCUCCUCUCAAUUCAAGCAAUGAAACUCAAGAAGAGAAAAAAAACUCUAUUCAAAAGGAAGCUCCAUACAACAAUUAUGAUUUCCUUGAUUAAUAAGAUGGAUUUAUUGGUUCCUGGCUACUCAAUUUAUUGUUCUCGAAGGGAUAUUACGUACAUCCGACCACUAAAAUACCAUAACCAGACUGUCUUACUAAAUGUCCAUUAUUAGGCAAAAUAAUGACUACUUUUCCAAAUCAGCUUCGACUUUUUAAGUCAAAUAUUUUGGAUUAUAGCUCUAUUCUCCCGGCAGUUAAGGGAUGCAGAGGUGUUUUCCACCUUGCUUGUCCUAUUCCGUUUGGUCACGUUAAAAAUCCUUUGGAGGAAGUAAUUGAACCUGCGAUCCAAGGAACAUGCAAUGUACUUCAAGCUUGUAAAAUUGCUAAUGUCAAACGAAUAGUGUAUGUUUCAUCGGGGGCUGCCAUAAUAAAAAAUCCCUAUUUUUCAAAAACUGGACCGAUUAAUGAAGGUGGUAUUGCUACGCCAAGACAAUGGCAGAAAAGAAUGCAGUGGAAAUUGCCAAAAGAGAUGUGCUUGAUUUAAUUAGCAUUUGCCUUACUCAUGUUACGGGACCAUUGUCAGAGUCACCCACUAAUGCUAAUGUUGCAUAUAGAAUUUUUGGUACUAGGCCUAGAGUUUGUUUUCUUUAUAGUGAGUGGAAAUGAAAUAAAGUGGCGUAUCAGAGGGACGUAUUUUGUAGUUUGUGGAUAUAGGUCACACAUAGUUGACCAUCAUCUAUACAUAUCUGACAUAGUUCUCACAUAAUUUACAAAUACAACGUUUUUUGAAAA